AUGGAAGCUGAAUAUGUUGCUGCUUGUGAAGCAGAAAAGGAAGCUGUUUGGCUCAAGAAAGUUCUUUCUGAUCUUGGUGUUGUGAGAAUGGAGCAAGUUCCUAUCACAUUGUUCUGCGACAAUAAUGGAGCGGUUGCACAAUCCAAGGAUCCAAGAAAUCACAAGAAAGGAAAACAUAUUGAAAGAAAGUACCACAUCAUUCGAGACAUUGUUGCUCGAGGAGAUGUAGUACUAGCAAAGAUUGAUAGUGCAAAUAAUUUAGCAGAUUCCUUUACCAAAACCUUGCCCCAAAGGACUUUUGAGUCACAUUUAGAGGGAAUGAGAAUGUUGCAAAGCCGGGUCUUAAGGUUUGUUUAUGUUCCUUCUCCAUACACAAAAGAUGUCCUUGCUGAAGUCCUUGUUGAUUGUUUUUUAGAGUGGAACAUUGAUAGGAAGUUGUCUACAAUAACUGUUGAUAAUUGUAGUACUAAUGAUGCCAUGAUAAGACUUUUCUUGAAUAAGCUUGAUACUAAUUCUCUUAUGUUGGGUGGGUUUAUGUUGCAUAUGAGGUAUGCUGCACAUAUUUUGAAUUUGAUUGUUCAAGAUGGGUUGCCUCUUAUUAGUGAUGGUAUUGAAAGGAUUCGUGAUAGUGUGAUUUAUUGGACUGGAUCACCAAAAAGGAGGCAGAAAUUUGAAGAAAAUGCAGUCAAUUACAUGUUCAAUGCACCAAAGAAUGUUUUCUUACGUUUGGCUAAACGUGAAACAUCUUAUACUUAUUUACCAUAUGAUUAUGAUUGGGAGUUAGCCAAAGAUAUUUGUGGGAGGUUGGAGUUGUUUCAUAGUGCGACUGAGUUUUUCCCUGGUCGUAAGUACCCCACAACUAAUAUGUAUUUUACUUUGGUGUGUGAGUUGAAAAUUGCAUUGAAUGAAUGGAGUUUAUCUUCAAAUGAGAUGAUAAGUACGAUGGCAGAAAGCAUGCUUGCUAAAUUUAAUUCUUAUUGGGCUAAUGUUAGUGUUGUUAUGGCUAUUGCUGCUAUCUUAGAUCCAAGAUAUAAGAUGAAGUUAUUAGAGUUUUAUUAUCCAAACAUUUAUGGUGAUAAUUCUGAUUUGGAGAUUGAAAAAAUUAAGAAUCUUUGUUAUGAUUUGUUUGAUGAGUAUGGAGAUAUAGAUGAGUCCCCUGUAGAUAAUGAAGGAAAUUCUCAUAUUCCUGCAAGUACUUCAAGCCCUGUGGCACAAAUGAAGUUUAGGUUGAGUGGGGCAAUGUCAUCUUUUGAUUUGUUUGUGAACAAUAGUUCAAGUAGUUCAAAGAAACAUGGGAGUGCUAGAAUGAAAUUUGAUCAUUUCAUUAAUGAGGGAGUGUUGAAGAGGAGUGAAGAUUUUGAUAUUUUUGGAUGGUGGAAAAGUAACGGUCUUAAGUAUCCUACUUUACAAAGGAUUGUAAGAGAUAUUUUAGCCAUUCUUGUCACAACUAUUGCUUCAAAAUCUGCCUUUAGCACUAGUGGGAGACUUUUAAGUCCACACCGUUCUUCAACUAUGUUUGGAGAUUGUACACUUCAAUCAAUUCUUGAUGAUGGGGAGCCUAAUGAAGAGGAUGGGAGUUGUGUCACAAUUGUGGAUGAUUAG